CCCACUUUACUGCCCCUGAAACAUGCCUGCGCAGUAUUUCUCUGUCUGCUGGCCAAGCACUGAUCCAUGUCGCCACCGGGUAUCACACCCAGUAACAGGCACGCCCAUAGUAAAGCCAGAAUUAUGUGCUGCCAUGCUGCUAACUUACCAAUACUGGAAGUUCUCACCGGCCCCAUAGUACUCCUCAUGGUCCCUCUUAAGUUGCGUCUUGUGAAGUCGUUGCUCCUCUGUCAGAUCUUUAUCGUCAUCACUGUUGCCGCCAUUCCCAUUAUCAUUCCCUUCGUCCUCCAUAUCAACGUCGUCCUCGUCCUCCGAGAACAUGACUUCACUCAACUCCAAUUCCCACUCUUCAAGAUCCACAACCGUCGACUCAUCGUACGGAUACUCGAGGAUUGCAUCCGAGGGAAAAUUCCCACGAACCAGGUCGCUAGGCUCGCUCGAAACGAACAGCAUGCACAUGCUCCCCUCUCUGCAGAGUCCCACCAGACCCCGGAUCAGCUUUUGGUAUAACUCCCGAUCCUCGUCGGUGCCAGUAGUGCACGUCAUCGAGAGCAUGUACAGC